UGAAGUUCUGUUCGGCGUGACAGUCCCGCGCUGGCGGAUGAAGACGAAGUGAAUCCUGAAGAUACUGCCUUCCUUCUAAGAAUAAUUUCUCUCCAAUUCUGCCAUGGAAGCUCUCCGAAGAAGAAUUUCUCUGAGCUUUAAUCUUCUGUUUCUCUUCUGCGUCUUCUUGGUUGUAUUUCAUGUUGGUCUCACUGGUGCGGAUGCAUCCAAUGCUUCUCUCACUCAAAAUGGCAAGCCCCUGCAUCAAUGUGUUCAGUGUGGAGAUGAAGAGAAGAUCGCACCCGGUGACCAAUUCAAAUGCUUGCAGGAACAAGAGACUGCCAAUAGAAUCAGCACUAAUGCAGAUGAUAAGGAUAUUGACAUAAUUGCAGCCUACAGUGAUCCUUCUGGUGCUUUCCGCCUUGGAAGGGUUAAAUUGAAGGAUUUAUCUGCCUCCUGGGUAUGGGAAAAUUCCAUGGAUGGAACCCACCACCAGCCACUGAGCUCUCAGACAGACUCAUUAGUUUCUGGGAUGGAAAAUGAAGAGAAGGUGGAACACUCUGUGGAUGACCAUCCUCCUGGAGAAGAAGGUGAAGCUGAUUUUUCUCAUUUAUCAUCAAUGAAUCCAGUGAAGCUAAAACGACGGGCAAUGCGAAAGGAGAGGAGGGCUUUACGAGCUGCAGAUUUGAUUCGACAAGAUAAAGAGAUAGACAGUCAGAUGGCAGCAGCCGCUAUUGAACGAUCCAAAAGCUUUGACACUACUGUGAAGGGAAAGUACAGCAUUUGGCGGAGAGAUUUUGAAAACCCAAAAUCUGAUUCCACCUUGAAACUUAUGCGUGAUCAGAUCAUUAUGGCCAAAGCAUAUGCAAAUAUUGCAAGGUCAAAUAAUGAAACCACACUUUACAAUACUUUAAUGAAACACUGUAGAGAAAGUCAACUUGUCAUCGGGGAAGCAAAUUCUGAUGCAGGGCUUCACCCAAGUGCACUAGAUCGAGCAAAAACCAUGGGUCAUGCUCUUGCAAUGGCCAAAGAUGAACUGUAUGAUUGUCUUACUAUGGCGAGAAAGUUGAGAGCCAUGCUACAGUCAACUGAGGACAAUGUUAAUGCCCAGAAGAAAAAGAGUGCAUUCUUGACUCAGCUUGCAGCCAAAACAGUCCCUAAAGCCUUGCAUUGCCUCCCUUUACAGCUUGCAGGAGACUAUUUCCUGCAGGGUCACCAUCUUAAUCAUAAUGUUGACAGAGAAAAGACUGAAAAUCCUUCUCUGUAUCACUAUGCAAUUUUCUCAGAUAAUGUGUUAGCAACGUCCGUGGUAGUCAACUCUACGGUUUUGCAUGCAGAGGAACCUGAGAAACAUGUUUUCCAUAUUGUCACAGAUAAGCUGAAUUUUGCUGCUAUGAAAAUGUGGUUUCUUGUCAAUCCUCCUUCGAAAGCAACAAUCCAAGUUGAAAAUAUUGAUGAUUUCAAGUGGUUGAAUUCCUCUUACUGUUCUGUUCUACGACAACUUGAGUCUGCAAGACUUAAAGAGUAUUACUUCAAGGCAAAUCAUCCUUCUUCCCUCUCUGUUGGUAUGGAUAAUCUGAAGUAUCGGAACCCAAAGUAUUUGUCCAUGCUGAAUCAUCUUAGAUUCUACCUCCCCGAAGUGUAUCCCAAGUUGGACAAGAUCCUAUUUUUAGAUGAUGAUAUCGUAGUUCAGAAGGAUUUAACGCCCUUAUGGUCCAUUGAUCUGAAAGGCAUGGUGAAUGGGGCAGUGGAGACCUGUAAAGAAAGCUUUCAUAGGUUUGAUAAAUAUCUCAACUUCUCAAAUCCAAAGAUCUCCGAGAAUUUUGAUCCUAAUGCUUGUGGUUGGGCAUUUGGCAUGAAUAUUUUUGACUUGAAGGAAUGGAGAAAGCGAAACAUCACUGGAAUAUACCACCAUUGGCAAGAUAUGAACGAGGACCGAACGCUCUGGAAACUUGGGUCACUUCCACCAGGUCUGAUCACAUUUUACAAUCUCACUUAUCCACUAGACAGAGGGUGGCACGUGCUGGGUCUCGGAUAUGACCCUGCCCUGAACUUCACAGAAAUAGAUAAUGCUGCUGUUAUCCAUUACAAUGGAAACUACAAGCCUUGGUUAGAUCUAGCCGUUUCUAAGUACAAGUCAUACUGGUCUAAACAUGUGAUGUAUGGCAACCAUUAUCUUCAGCUAUGUAACAUCAGUGAAUAACAAUUUUUUUCCCCUUCUCCCACUCAAUUUUUCAAUAGAAAAGAAUAUGGAAUAGAUGAUUUUUGCCGUUCAAGUUCUAAAAUUUUCCAUACUGACCACCAAAGAAGCACAAUUUGAGGACAGGGGAGCUAGAUUUUUUUCACUGAUAAUGGUUAAAAGGUCCUUUUCAGGUUUUGCACCA